AUGCUCAGAGUGGUCCAUUGCGUCCACUAUACCGGAAGCUUUGAAUUCUUUUUUUCCGCUCAUGUAUUUAAUUUUCGAAUUCAUGAAAUUCACGAUGUACAGCUGCAUCAGCAGGUAACAUAACGAUAUUCACUGUAUAUAAGGAAAUUCAAGGGACUGAGCUGCCCACAUAAAUACAAAUUAUCCUAAUAUUUUACGGUAGCCUUACUAUUUUCAUUUUUCAUUUUCAUUUUUCGUAUUUAAGAAAUGCGCGUAUCCAUAUUCAAAUGAACUUUUUUUCCCCAAGAAAUAUGAUUUCCAUAUUAUGAAAAACAGUGCCUCAUCUACACUUGAAAUAGUCCAUGAUUGAUGCACACGCACAGGAUUUACAAGGUGCAACAUCUCUUGGUUAAGAAUUUAAGUGCAAAGUGUGCAGUAGUGGAAGACAGAAACGCGAUAUUAAAGAGAUGGUAAAAAUGUCGAGUAAAAGUGCAAACUGAUUAUCAUUACAGACAAAAUAUGAAGGAGCAGGGAGUUUAUAGCUAUUGAAAAGAUCAGGGGCUAAGUCAAGUUUACCUGGGGCUUGACUUUGUUUCUUUUUGAAGGAAAACUGGCGAUCCGAGUGAUCGGACCUCCCGACGCCCCUAUGAAGGGGCAUUUGUCAUUUGCUCAGAACCGUUCGUUUGUGGGCAUGUGGGAAUUAAGAACACCUACAGUUAUAUACCUAACAAAAUCCCCUUCCUCGCUUAAGAAUAUUAUUCUUUAAUCUUUGGGAUUAAAGCCACGAUUUUGUAGCGGUACAGGUUUCUGGGUUUAAAAUGUUAACAAUGGAAAAGCAGCUCCCUGGAUCAACUCAAGUCGGAAGGCAAAGCCCCCUCCCCGGCCCUACCCCGGGAGCCUGACCGGAUCGAUAAGGUAUUAUCUGUACGGGUUUACUGAGAAUAACCUUAUCAGAAAACAACAGUAAAAGACAAACAGUGAAGCAAUAAACUCAGUGCCGGGGCAAUCGACUGAAUUUUGACUGAAUUUCGUUUUCUUUGUUUUACACGGUCACAUGGUAUAUUCUGUAUUUCCAAACAGAUUCUUCAAAAUUUAUUUAAGCAUCGACAAUCUACAUAAGCCCUGCAAAGAAGUUAAACAUCAUUGGGUAUUUGCGCAGGCUUUCCCAAACACACUGCUCGCCUGCGGGUCUCACGUAAUUGACAUAAAGUUAAACCAAUCAGCGAUCGACUGAUUAUUUUUUAACAACAAAUGUGUCCAAUUGUAAGCGGGAUGAUGGCAUCGGGAAAUGGACGAGUCAUAACUUCAGCGCUGCAGUUGCAAAGGGAUUUAAACUGGAGUGGAAUCGAUGAAGCUUAUUAAUCAUAAUGUAAGCGUCACCUUUUAAAUAGCGCAUCUCAGCAUAAGUGAAUUUGAAGCAGAACUGUGGCCCGAAGAAUGAAGGGACUGUACUUUGUGGAGCCUGUCGUGGCUCUGUACUCUUUCGCCUGUUUUUUGAUCUACCCGUUGGUGUCCCAGUAUGUUUACCGGCGCAUGUGGCAGGAUCUGACGAAUACGACUUACCCAGCCAGAGACAAUGCUUCCAGCUGCAUGCUCAACACUAACCAGUCCAGUCAUGAGAAAGUGCAAAGGGCAGCUUCGCUGUUCUCUCUCUACAACGAGCUGUUCUCCAUGGUUCCCAGCCUCAUCGUAACCCUCCUGCUGGUGGCGUACAGUGACCAUCGGGGUCGCAAAAUCUCCAUCGUUCUCCCUCUGGUGGGCAGCCUCGUCUACACGUCCUCCUUCUUGGCCAUCUCCUUCUUUGAGCUUAAUAUCUACCUGCUCAUCGUGGCCAACUUUGCCAGCUCCCUGUUCGGUGGUGUAGGCACCUUGCUUGGUGGCUGCUUCUCCUACAUUGCCGACCUGUGUAGCGACGGCAAGCAGAAGACCCUACGAAUGGCUGGUGUGGACAUGGUGCUUGGUCUUCUCUCCGGUGUGGCUUCCAUCUCCACGGGCUACUUCCUGAGGGCAUUCGGCUUCAACUGGCCCUUCUUUACUGCCUUUCUUUGCCACGCUGCCAACUUGCUGUAUGUCAUAGUUCUGCUGGAGGAGACGUGGAAGUCACCUGACCUGCAGGAGAUGCGGCCCCCCUUGCAGAAGCUGGUCACCGGUGUCUACCGCCUCUUUGCCCUGGCCAGUCGGAGGAGAAACACAGUGCUGAUCCUCUUGCUCCUCAUUUUCUUCACCUACUCCUUCCCCAACAUUGGCGGCCUGGCUCUUGUCACGCUCUAUGAGCUGAACGAGCCGCUCUGCUGGAGCGAGAUCCUCAUCGGCUACGGCUCGGCCCUCUCCACCCUCGUGUUCCUCACAAGCUUCAUUGGUGUGUUCAUCCUCUCCCGCUGCCUGCCCAACGUGGCCAUUGUCUUCGUUGGCCUCCUAUCUGUCAUGUCCGGGCUCAUCAUGACCGCGUUCGCCAGAACCACCUUGGUGAUGUUCCUUGUCAGGGUGCCCAUGCUGCUGGCCAUCAUGCCUGCCCCCGUUUUACGUUCCAUGAUGUCAAAGAUCGUCUCAAAGUCUGAGCAAGGAGCCCUCUUUGCCUGCGUGGCCUGCCUGGAGAACCUGAGCUCCAAUGUAGCCUUUGCCGUCUUCAACAGCCUAUAUGCAGCCACUGUGGUCUGGUUCCCUGGCUUCAGCUUUCUGCUGGCGGGGGCCCUGUGUCUGGUGCCCGUAGCUUUGCUGGGUAUGGUGGCAUUCCUGGGCCCGGAUGAAGCCGGUGAAGCGGAAGCUCUUAUUGCAGGAGCAGAAGCUGGCGAUGCACCUUCCAUCUGAGACCCCAUCUGCCCGGCAGAUUCCCCCCGGACACGUGUGGAUGUGGAGACGAGGCUGCCCACCCAGGGCCGGGUUGUAGAGGGACGGCUAAUGUGCCACGAGCGGCAAAGGAGCACCGUUGCUGUUUGAGACCAAAUCUCACUGUUAGCACUGUUUUGGAAACCUGCUCCUCGUCCUUGGGGGGGUUCCUUCUGCGGAUUAUGCUGUGCUGGGUUUCACAACCCACAGCCUAGAAUUACAAGCCCUGUUUCCAUGACAAAUGUGACCCUUGGGUGAAUCUUCAGCACUUUGCGUAGAAAUAUAUUUUCCUGUUCUGCAUGGGCCAUUUCUGUUGGUCCGUUUACUGUGACAGGCAUCAUAGUUUAGCUGUGAUUUUCUGUUUGUCCUCUGCUGCCAGACAGUUUGAAGUCAUCAUUCAGAUGUAAAGCAAAACAUGUAAUUUUAUAAAUAAAUUACUUCAAUAAGUAAUUAAAAUGCACUUCCACUGGGAUGUGUUCCAACCAGUAAAUUAUAUACAGCUGUAGUCUGCCUACGUCAGGAUUUCAGGAUGAUGACUUCAGAUGAAAAGCACCUUAAUAAUUUUUACCAGUGCAGUGAAUCGUUUUCCCCCCACUGUAAUCCUAUGGUAAAGUUAGUUCAGUGCAAUUUUUGAAUUUUCUAAAAUUUAGAUGAAUUCAAAUGACUAUUUAAUUAUAUAAAUCAUUUUUGUUCAGAUGUAACAUUGCAAGAUACAUGUGAUUAUGAAGUACAGCCAUCAAAAUUAUGGCUCAUGGUAAACUUUUGUAUAUUUUUAUAUAUUUUUUUCUUUUCAGAUGACUUAAUCCAAAUGUGUGUGAAAUCAUUUAAGCAAGCACAAUGCAGUAUUUGGGUGUAUUUCUGCUUUAAUCGUUUUAUGCUGGCAAAUUUGUGGGUGAGGCCUGGAAGGCAGAUUAUGAUCAUGUCUCGGAAAUAUUCUGCUCAAAGCCUGACCAGCGAGGCACGUCCAGUUUGUUGAUUAAGGCACAUUCGGAUAACUAGAAAAUACUUUAAAAGAGCUAAAACUGAGGAGGUCCACUUUACUCAUUUAACAGCCUUAACCGUAACAUAACGGGACUGCUGUAUUUCAGGUUAUUCUUCUCCCGAGGAAAUACCCUUGACAGUGGUCAAUUGUUCAGAGCUCGUUAGCCGUUUAGUUACGCACAACUCGUGAUGCUGAGAGUAAACUACAGUAUUUUCCGAAUGCAAUCUUACACUUUACCGCAAGAUGUCAGGCUUUGACAACAAAACCUAAUUUCUUUAACAAAGAGGUUGGGGUUUUGUGAUGUGGAAUAGUCAAAAAUCUUAAAUCUUAGCGUUACAUUAAAAUAGCUUGUAUAUGAUGCAACAAAAGUUCGAUUCUUAAUGUAAAUCCCGAAUCUACGGGAAGCGCAACCGUGAAAUAAAAAACAGAAGUUGCAUAUUGUCUGAA